GAAAGCCUUCCCAGAAGAGUUGAAGCUGUUAUAGCUGCAAAGGGUGGGCCAACAUCAUAUUAAACCCUGUGGAUUAAGAAUGGGAUCUCACUCUAGUUCAUAUGCUUGUGAAGCCAGAUGAGCUGUAAUUGUCAAAAGGCCUGAAGAAACAACAUUCAGACCCAGACAUAAAACAGACUGUCACACAAUCUGGUAUUACAAGUUUUACAGAGACUAGAAUGUGAUUUAUUGGUGUUUUCUGCUUAUUUGCUUUCUCAAAUAUGUCUUACAGUCACAUCUGAAGGACAAUAUCACAGAAUAUACAAAUCAUACAGUGUUUGUUUCUGUUACGCUGUGUUGAGUGUGAGGUGUGAGACUUUGACAAUCUGAAAAUAACGUCAUAGUAAAGAAGCAAAAACACAAUUUACACACUAUAUGAGAAUAGAAGCAAACAGCAGGAUCACUGACAUUCAUUGGUCUUCAAGUCACAUAGUUCAGACCCCGAUCUAUAAAUAUUUCAAUCAUUGUAGUUCAUAUUUAACUGAAAAAAGCCAAUCUGAGCAGAUCACCUAGAAGUGCUGGUAGAAUAAGAGUUCAUUUCAAUAGUCGCACAAAUGUUGUUCACAGUUGACACGAAAUCUUAACAGGAAGGAAUUCCGUUAGACUAGUUUGUGGCUCAGACCCUGAUGUGGCCCAUUUAACCCAGCGAACAUGUACACAUGGGCCCUUUGUUGGCAAGCUGAGGGCAGUGUGGGCAUGGGCUAGCCCACACAAAUCCCAAACAUGCCCAGCGUGGGUUUUCUGUGGGUAGCCUGCACUUUGGAAUGCCCACUCAAAUCCCAUGCCAGGACCGUAGUGCGCUACCUCAUGUUGGGCCAAUCACGCCAUGUUUUUAACACAGAAGGUUCAGUAACACAAUUUGUAAGGUAUCUGACUGUUAUUGUGAAUAUGAUGUCAAUUCUUCAUUACCCAGUGUUUAGUUAAUAAGUGCUUAAUCAUUCAUUAAGUAAUUGCUUUGUAGUGUUACCGAUUAUUAAGAAUCACUCACUGAGCAUUUUAAUACUGUUGUUAGACAAAUUCAGACAUGAAUUCCAGCCGAAUGUGACGCUGAAGUGUAGGUCUAUGAAAUGUGACACCAGGGAGGAGAGCUGACGUGUUUCUCAGGUGGGGCUGAAAGUGUUUCUCCAGUGUUCAGCACCACUUGGUGGUUUGAGAGGAACGAUAUUGUUUUUGGAAGCCGUGAAGACGUUAUGAUAUGAGACAUAAUCCACACGAAAGGACGGCACAUUCAGUUAAAGGACCUUUUUCUAGGAUCUUGUUUGUGGAGGUAAGAGCUUUAUAUGAAUAUUUUAGUAACUUUUAUAAAGAAGAAGGAAAGAGAUCAACAGCUAAAUCAGCAGCUGCUGCAGUUCACAUUAACCCGACUCUCAUUAAAGUGUCUUUCUUUCUUCUUCACCAGGAGAAUGAAAAGUAAUUGUUAACUCUGUUUCUGGUGUCGUCUGCUGAGCUCCUGCCUCUGUGAACAUGUUUUUAAUUACAGCUUUUACUGGCUGUUUCUCUGAGCUUUUCUGAGCUGUUUAUUGAACAGAGUUGUUCUUUUUCAGUCUGACAGGUUUUGUUAAACUAGAAAAGCAGGAUGAGCCUCUCUGAGGAAUGUGAGGAGGACAGUUCCACCUCCAAGAAACACUCAGAUUUAGUCCAGCAGGAGAGAUCAGACUCUCCAGCUCCCAGCUGUGUGUCCAUGAAGAGUCAUUGGUCUAUUGAUUAUCCACCAUCGUUUAAAGAUGGAGACCCCUUAUCUGGACAUAGUGAAGUCCUGGGAAACAGAUCAGACUAUCCAGAAUCCAGCUGUCCAUCCUUGAAGAGUGACAGGUUUGUGGAACCUCCACAAAUGUUGAAAGAUGGAGACCCUUCAUCUGAAUACAGAAAUCAUAUAAUUCCUCAGGAUUCAAACAAACUACCUGCCUCUGGAACUAAAUUUCAGGAUGACUUCAAAUUAAAUCUGAAACAGAAGUUUGAGUGUCUGAAUGAGGUAAUAGCAAACCAGGAAACCUCAACACUUCUCAGUGAGAUCUACACAGAGCUCUACAUCACAGAGGGAGACAGUGGAGAGGUCAAUAAUGAACAUGAGGUCAGACAGAUUGAGGCAGCAUCCAGGAGAACAGUAACAGAGGACACACCAAUCAAAUGCAAUGACAUCUUUAAACCCUCAUCUGAUCAAGACAAACCCAUCAGAACUGUGCUGACAAAGGGGGUCGCUGGAAUUGGGAAAACAGUCUCUGUGCAGAAGUUCAUUCUGGACUGGACUGAAGGGAAAGCAAAUCAGGAUGUCCACUUCAUAUUUCCACUUCCUUUCAGAGAACUGAACUUGAUGAAGGACCAAAAACUCAGUUUGGUGGAUCUUCUUCAUACACGGUUUAAGGAGAUUAAAGAAAUGGAAAUAUCCAGAUCUCACAAAGUUCUGUUCAUAUUUGAUGGUUUGGAUGAGUGUCGUUUCACUCUAGAUUUUCAGACCACUGUGAGAUUGGAUGAUGUCACUCAGUCAUCUUCAGUGGAGGUGCUGCUAAUCAAUCUGAUCAAGGGGAAUCUGCUUCCCUCCGCUGUCAUCUGGAUCACCUCCCGACCUGCAGCAGCUGAUCAGAUCCCAUCUGAGUGUGUGGAUCGAGUGACAGAAGUACGAGGAUUCAGUGACUCACAAAAGGAGGAGUACUUCAGGAAGAGAAUCAGUGACCAGAGCCUGACCAAUAGAAUUAUCAAACACCUGAAGACAUCAAAUAACCUCUACAUCAUGUGCCAGAUUCCUGUGUUCUGCUGGAUUUCAGCCUCUGUUCUAGAUAGAAUGCUGGGUGAAGCAGAGAGUGGAGAGACCCCCAAAACUCUGACUCAAAUGUACACACACUUUCUCAUUAUUCAGAUGAAAAUCAUGAGAGAAAAGUACACAAAGAACCAGGAGACAGAUGAAGAAAUACUUCUCAAACUGGGACAACUGGCUUUUCAGCAGCUGAUGAAAGGAAACCUGAUCUUCUAUGAGGAAGAUCUGAGAGAGUGUGGCAUCGAUGUUGAAGAAGCAUCCGUGUACUCAGGUGUGUGUACACAGAUCUUCAGAGAGGAAUCUGGGCUGCACCAGAGUAAAGUGUACUGCUUUGUUCAUCUGAGCGUUCAGGAACAUCUUGCAGCUCUAUAUGUGCACCUGACCUUCAUGAAGCAGAAGAGAAAUGUGCUGAAACAGAGUCAGUCCUCUAAACUGGGGAUUCGGAGGAAAAAAGAAUUUACAAUCUCCGAUGUACACAAGAGUGCUGUGGAUCAGGCCUUACAGAGUAAGAAUGGACAUCUGGAUCUUUUCCUUCGCUUUCUUCUGGGUCUCUCACUGGAGUCCAAUCAGACUCUCACACAAGAGUUAGUGGCAGAGACAGGAAGUAGCUCCCCGAGCAAAGAGAAAAUAAUUAAAUACAUAAAGAAGAAGAUCAGUGAGAAUCCCUCUGCAGAGAAAUCUGUCAAUCUGUUCCACUGUCUGAAUGAACUGGAUGAUCGUUCUCUAGUUGAGGAAGUUCAGCGGUACCUGCAGUCUGACAGUUUAAACCAAAUAACACUCUCUUCUUCACAGUGGUCAGCUGUGGUCUUUGUACUGCUGACAUCAGGAGAGAACCUGGAUACAUUUGUCCUAAGGAAAUAUAACAGAUCAGAUGAUGGUCUUCUGAAGCUGCUGCCUGUAGUUGCAGAAUCUAGAUCAGCUGACCUUUCAUUUUGUAAUCUGACAAACCAAAGCUGUGUAGCUCUGGCCUCAGUGCUCAACUCAGAAUCCUAUCUAAGAGAACUGGAUCUGUCGGAUAAUAAACUUGGAGAUUCAGGAGUGAAGCUGCUCUGUGCUGCGCUGGAAAAUCAUCUAUGUAAACUGGAGACACUGAGGUUGAAGGGUUGUAACAUCUCAGAAGAAGGCUGUGCUGCUCUGACUUCAGCCCUGAAAUUAAACCCCUCACACCUGAGAGAACUGAAUUUGUCGGGUAAUAAACUUGGAGAUUCAGGAGUGAAGCUGCUCUCUGCUGGACUGGAAAACCCUCUCUGUCAACUGGAGAGACUGGGGUUAAAAGCUUGUAAUGUGACAGAUGAAGGCUGUGCUGCUCUGAACGCAGCUCUGAAAUUAAACCCUUCACACCUGAGAGUCCUGGAUCUGUCUUGGAAUUUCCAGACAAAGAAAGGACGUGAGAUGUUGUUUGCUCUUAAACACAAUAAACAUUACAGAUUACAAGAUCUAAGAGUGUGGUGUUGAUGGUCUGAAUUAUUGAUAACCAAAGAAAUCACAUCAUAAAGAGCUUUCUAAAAAUAAAGAGAAGUGAUUUCUGAAUGUGUGCAUUCAGCAGAGGGAGACACAGUGUGUGUAGAUUCACGUGUGUGUUUGUGAACAGAAAACUUCAUGAGAAAUAAAACAGUAAACAAACAACACUAAAAACUGAAUGUCUGAUAUCCAGAGAGGAGGAAUCUUCUACUCUGUCACAGGUAACAGAUGGACCAUGUGGUACUUUGUCCAGUGAAGAAAACAGACUGUACUUGUCACAGGUCAUGAUGUUUUGUAUAUAGAAACCAGAAGAAAUGUUUUUGUUAAUCUGUGUUUGUACCACAGAAAUCAAGGCUUCCAUUAUUUAUGUUUUUGUUUUUCUUCUGUUUCCAUGGGAGCACAGUUAUAUGAAGUGAGGCUCAUUUUAAAUCAGAAGCAGCGAGGUGCAGUGUGGCUCCUGUGCUAAUCAGAGUGACCCUUUAAACUGGUGUGUACAAAAUACACUACCACAACAUUUAACUCAUGAGCUGACUUUGUGCUGCUUGUUAUUUUCUGUUUAGUAAUGAACAUCGUUAGGUUCAACAAAGAUUGUUGUGAAGAUGUGCUGUCCAGUAAUUAUGUGUAUUACAUGCGGUGCAGUCUAUACAGUAUUACAAUAAAUAUUUUAUGAUGGAAGUAUAUUCAAUGAAUGUAUAUUCUAUAAGAAAGCACUUUUCACAAUAAAAUUAUUGAUUGCUGAA